AUGUGUCAAAUGUGGCAACGGAUACGGUACGGUGUGAGGUGGGUCCCGCGGGAACGAUUUGCGCUGGCUUGCCGUGGUCUCAACUUGGCAAAGGUGAAAACAGUCGACAUCACGUUUGAUCCUUUCCACCCGUCAACUAGAGCCAUUCGAAGUUUCUGGGAAGCUAUUUCGGCUCCAAAAAUAAAAAUGACAAAUCCAUCUCUUCGAGUGAAAGCCGACAUUCGGAAUGAUCAGUCAUCACCAUUUUUUGUCGCGACGUUAGAUGACGGAAAACGACUACGCUUUGAAACAGAAAAUAUGCAUCCAGUUGAUCUGAUAAUGCGAUUCAAUCGACUUCUCGGCAAUCCGGAAUUGGGCCUUUUUCAGAAAGGCUCCGUUAUUCCAAUAGAUGGAUAUUGUAAAGAAGGAUAUGCUCAAAUAAAGGACAGUUUUCGCAAAAACUUUGAGGAACGCUGGGAAGCUGAGGGAUCUUCGUUUGCAGUUUACAAAGAUGGUGAGCUGAUAGUGGAUAUUUGGGGUGGAUAUGCAGAGAAAAAGUAUGGCCGCUUUUGGAAAGAGGAAACAUUGAGUACGAUAUUCAGUAUAUCAAAGAGUUUUGCCGCAAUUUGUUUCGCAAUGCAAGUGGAUCGAGGGGCUUGCUCAUACCAAGAUUUGGUCACAAAAUACUGGCCUGAAUAUGGAAAAAAUGGAAAAGAGACGACAACGAUCGAGCAGCUGUUGGCACAUCAGAGUGGAGUCCCUUGUCUUUCAAAGGAAUUGAAGCUUGAUGAACUGACUGAUGCACAGAAAAUGGACGCAAUUGUCGAGGCUGAAACAUCAAGAUUCCCACCGGGAAGUAAAACAGCUUAUCAACCAUUUACUCAUGGAUGGAUGGCCGAUGGUUUGUUUCGAAGGAUCGAUAAAAGACAACGAAGCAUUGCACAAUUCUACAAUGAGGAGAUUCGAGAUCGAUAUGAUAUUGACGUUUACAUUGGCGGGACACAAUUGGAGGAAUUUCGUAUCGCUCGCCUCAAACCAUUCACAACAGCCGGAUUGUUGAGAGAAUGCGGCUACAGCCGUGGAGUGGCCAAAAUGGGAAUCGCUUGCAUCAAACCGAGCAGCUUCUUUGCGCAAGGGCUCGCCAAUAUGAAGAAAUUUGGGAAAGAUUUCACAAUGUUCAACAAUCCGGAGCUACGAAUUCUUGGACAAACGGCUGUGAAUGGAAUUGGAACAGCUCGGGGACUGGCUAAGGCUCAUCAGGUUUUCCUUGAAGGCAAUUUGAUUGGAAAAGAGUUGAUGGAGAAAAUUUCAACUCCAAUGUUCCCAUAUGAAUUCGACGAGACUCUUGGAGAGAAUUUGAGUAAAGGAUUUGGAUGGAUGUAUUGGAAAGGACCAAUGGGUAGUUGGCAAUUCGGUCAUACGGGCGUUGGCGGACAAAAUGUUCGCAUUGAUCCCGAGAAUGGAUUGGUGAGGAGA